AUGGUACAAUUAAUUAAUAUUAAUGAAGAUCAAAAUCAAAUAAGAGAUGAAUUUUUUGUAGAUAAUGAAAGUGAUGAAAAUAAUAAUUUUGGGGAUGAUAAUUUAUAUGAAGAAGAAGAAGGAGAAGAAAAUGAAGAAGAGGAAGGAAAAUUUGAAGAAGAGGAAGAUGAAGAAGAUGAUUAUAGUUCAAAAUUUGAUACUGAAUAUAAAAAAAUCUUAAAACUUGCAAAUGAAACUAAUAGUAAAACCGAUAUAACAGUUAAAAUUGAAAUUACAACUUAUAAUAGAAAUUAUAGAAAUUUAAUAAAUAAUAAUGAAAACAACAAUAUUAUUAAUAGUGAUGAUAAUAAUUUAUAUAAAAAGUUAGAAAAAAAACAUUUUUUAAGAUUUAAAGAUAAACCAAUUAAAGUUGGUGAAUUAUCAGAACAAGUUGAAGUAUUAUGUUAUGGUGAUAGUUAUAAUUCAAUAUUAUUAGAAGGUACAGUUCCAAAGUUUUUAAAAAUUAUUGAAUUUGGUGAACAAUUUAAUAAACAUAUUCCAAAAGGCUUCUUUCAAAAUGAAGGUGGUAAUUUACAUAGAAUUGAAUUUGGAAAGAAGUAUAAUAUGCCAAUUGGUGAAGGAGUGAUACCAAAUACUGUGAUAACCAUUAUAUUUGGUGAUGAAUUUAAUUGGUUUUUACCGGCAAAUGUUAUUCCAUUGGGAGUUAUCAAAAUUCAAUUUGGUAAUGACUAUACUGCACCAUUCGUUAAGGAUUCAAUUCCAUCAACUGUCAGAUUCUUGCAAUUGGGUAAUAAGUAUAAUUUACCUUUAAAAUGGUCCCCAAUUCCAAAAGUUUUAUACCAUUUAACAUUUGGUGAUUCAUUUAAUCAAAUCAUUGAACCAGGUGAUUUAUCACCAUUUUUAACUUAUUUAAAAUUUGGAAAUGAUUUCAAUCAAAAAUUAUCCAUCCCUUCAAAAGUUUCAAUACUGUCAUUUGGUGAUAGUUUUAAUCAAGAUAUUAUAAUUAAUGGCACUGGUGCAACCAUUUUACCAAAAGAUACUUUAAAAUCAAUUACAUUUGGUAAUGAUUUUAAUAAAUCAUUAGGAAAUUUAUCACAAUUUUAUCAAUUAACUUUUAUUAAAUUUGGAAAUGACUUUAAUCAACCAUUAUUAAAUUUACCCCCAAAUUUAAUUGAAAUUGAAUUUGGUAUAAAUUUUAAUAAACCAUUACCAUCAAUACUUCCAUCAACAAUUAAAUCAAUAACAUUACCAAAAUCUUAUAACUUACCAUUACCAAAACCAUUACCAAAUGAUCAAUCAACAAAUUCAACAAUUUUAUCAAAUGAUAAUAAUAAUAAUAAUAAUAAUAAUAAUAAUAAUAAUAAUAAUUCCAAUACAAUCACUUUAAUAUCAACUACAACUACAACAACUACAUAUAUUAUUAAUAAUAAUUAA